AUGGCAGAGACAGAAGGAUUCUCUCUCCCGGCGCUGCAUACGUCGCCUAGUGGUGAUCGAGACGCCCUCGACGUCGAACAAACCGUCGUGGACGCAGAGCAGACCGACUCGAGGCAGGUAGAGUCAAAAAAGACAAAACUCCAUGUCCUCGUAGGCUCUGGCAUAAUCCAGCUGCCAAUAUGGGGCUUUGCUAUGAGCUAUGGUAUAUUCCAGGAAUAUUACUUCGAUAACUGGACAUUCCAAGGAGACUGCAGCAUUACUGGUGUAAUCGGCACGACGGCUAAUGGUGUCAUGUACCUGUCUAUGCCCUUCCUCUUCGCCUUAUUCAGCAGACGAUGGGCUCAUAGACGCCAACUUGCCGCUCUUUGUGGCACGGUAAUUGCAUGCGUCAGUUUCUUCUUGUCCUCUUACAGUACCACUACCUGGCAAUUGAUCGCGACUCAGGGCAUCACGUCCGCAUUGGGGUGUGCGCUCAUCUAUAGUCCAACUACGCUAUCUCUCGGCGAGUGGUAUAGCAGCAGCAACCGUGCUUUGGCAUACGGAAUUGUUCUCUCUUGCAAGAACAUUGUCGGAACCAGCUGUCCAUUCAUGCUACGAGCAUUGAUUGAUACCUACGGCUAUCAGACCACUUUGAGAGCCUGGACAGCAAUUGUCGGUGGAACAAGCAUCUGCGCCAUCUUCCUAAUCCCAACACACCCUUCGAAGGUCUCGAUCCACCAAACUCGAGCACGCAAAAUCCCCUGGCAUUUCCUCAAACACCGAUCUAUCUACUUUUACAGUAUCGCCAUCAUCUUCCAAAGCUCUGGUUACGGUAUUCCGCAAACGUAUCUGAGCACUUACGCACGAGACGUCCUCAUGUUGUCUCAGGCUUCGGGCACUCUCAUGCUAGCUGUUUUCAACGCGCCCGGCAUUAUUGCUUCUUCCUUCUUUGGGUGGUUGAGCGAUAAUAAGCGAAUUACUCUUUCGGCUCAGACUGUUUCUGCAAUUCCACCCAUCUGCUGUGUAUUUGCUACCUUCCUGUUCUGGGGCUUGACCACGCAGGGCGGUAUUGGCCUCCUCAUAAUCUUCUCCAUGACGUUUGGGUUCUUCUCCGGUGGCUAUAGCGCUACCUGGGGAGGGAUGCUUAAACAGAUGGAACGCGAGUCCGCCGAGAGGAACGAAGCCGUUGACCCUGGAAUUCUCUACGGUCUGCUAAAUGGCGUCAGGGGGAUCGGGUACGUCAGCGGAGGACUUGCUGGUGUCGAACUGCUAAGCGCUGGUACUAUAUCGGCCAGCCAGCGCUUUGGUUAUGGGACCUCCUAUGGGCCCCUUAUCAUCUUUACGGGGCUUUCUUCGCUUCUUGGAGGCUGGGUCAUUCUUUGGCGUUGGAGUCCAAAAAGACUUUUGCCAUUGGUCUCGAGAGGGCUAAGAAUCUACCUCGUCUUUCAAUCACCUGGCAAGAUGACAAAACUGGACAAUGCGGAGUAUACGCUCUAUUCGUCCCCCUUCUCCCUCUACUCCAUGAUGGCCCGCCACACCAUCCAACUCGGCCCUACGACGCAUGGUGCAAAACCGCCGCAAAGAAUCACGCUGCACUUCGUCAAUCGUGAUGAGAACGAGAACUUGAGUGAGGAUUACCUCCUCAAGGUAAAUCCAAAAGGCCAGGUUCCCGCCAUGACCGGCAACGUCCUCGAGCAGCCACUUACCGACAGCCACUCCAUCUCUCUCUACCUGGCCGAGAAGCACUACCCAGCCAUGCUGCCGGCACAACACGCCGCCGUCAUCAGGGACCUCCUGCAGAGGCUUCAUGCUGUUCCUGGCCCGUCAUUCGGCAACAGGAACCCGACACCAGCGAUGAGGCAGCAUAACCCCUCACCUGCGGAGGAUAUUCUCAAGAGGACUGAUCUCAGCCCGGAAUACCGCGUGGCUCUCGAGACCAAGCUCGAAUUCCACAACAACAACUAUGGCAUUGCCUUCCAGCCAGCCAUCGUAGCCAAAGCCCGCGCAGACCUAGAGACCAUUUUCACAGAAAUCACAGACCACCGCAGGGAAAGCGGUGCAUCCGACACUGAGGCAGGAUGGACCUUUGGCAACAAGGUUGGCCCCACCGUGCUUGACAGCCAUCUCCUUCCAUUCGUGCUGCGCUGCAUCGAUGCUGGCAGCGCCGAGCUCGUUCCCCAGGAGCUGCAGCGCUGGGCUGGGCUUAUGGCGAAAAGUCCCGGGUGGGAAAAGGUCAUGCAUGGCAGACCGACACAGUAUAACCGUUCCACCAUGGGCCCCGUUGAGGAUAUGCAGGAGAUGAUGUCGCUGUCUAAGUAUGAGCCAGGCCGGAAGGGUGGGGCUGGGAAAGCAGUCUAUAUCUCCAAAAUGGACCCCUCCCUCGUCAAAAUCCCGCCCAUCAAAGACCUCACAAUCGAGAACAUAACCCAGAACGUCAUCCUCAUCAACUCUCUCUGCGAAGAUGCGCGCAUGAAAUACGUGCUCGAACGCCUGGUCACCCAUCUACACGACUUUGCGCGCGAAACUCGCCUGAGCUCCGAUGAAUGGAUGGCUGGUAUCAAGUUUCUGACCGAGACGGGGAAGAUUUGCAGUGAUGUUCGACAGAAAGGGAAUAAACAGGAAUUCAUCCUCCUGUCUGAUAUCCUCGGAUUAUCACUUCUAGUCGACUCAAUCGACCACCCAAAACCCGCCAACUCAACUGAAGGAACUGUUCUCGGGCCCUUCCACACACACGAAGCACCCAGCAUGGCGCACGGGGAUAACAUGUCGCAGGACCCCAACGGCGAACCGCUCCUAGUUAUAUGCAACAUCAAGGAUCGCGCAGACAAGCCCAUCAGCGGCGUGAAGAUCGAUAUCUGGGAGACCGACUCUGCGGGUUAUUACGACGUGCAACAUGCCGAUCGUUCGGGUCCGGAUGGUCGUUGUGUGAUGACUUCGGAUGAGAAGGGGCAGUUUUGGUUUAGGGCUAUUAAGCCCGUUCCGUAUCCCAUUCCGCAUGAUGGGCCGGUGGGGAUGCUGUUGAGGAGACUGCGGAGACAUUCGUAUAGGCCGAGUCAUAUGCAUUUUAUGUUUGAGAAGGAGGGUUACGAUCGUUUGAUUACAGCACUCUACCUCCGCAACGAUCCAUACGAAACAUCGGAUGCCGUCUUCGGCGUCAAGAAUACUCUCGUAGUUGAUCUCGGCGUCGUCGAUGCCACCCUAGCAGCCAAGUACGGCAUUGCUGAGGGCUCGUGGUUAAUGACCUAUGACUUUGUGCUUGUCACGGAUGCGGAGACAAGUGCUCUGCGUGAGCACAAUUCGCAGGUUGCUCUGGAUAAGUUGGGGAGAAAAGUCAAGAUUGUUAAUGGGCUGCCAAUCCCUGAUUUGGAUUGA